AUAAAAUAAAUGUUGAAGUGUGUUCUAAACUUCUAAUCAAAAAAGUUUUUUUUUCUGAAGAAGAAGAAAAAAAAAACGAGAAACGGUUAAAAGCAGCGGUUGCUGUCGAAGUAUUGCUUCAAAGCCAAAAACUUAGGUUGUUAGGUUCAUAGACCAACGGUUAUCUUCUCCCUCUCCGCGUCUGUUUCUUCAAUCCUAAGCAAAAAUCCAUUUUCUUUGGUUGCUUCUUCGUCGCCAUCACAACGCCUAACUUCAUCUUCUCUGACAUAAUCAGUACACCAUCCCUCCUUCCUCUUCUUCUUCUAUGCUUUUAAUCUUUUCUUCACUAUAUCUCAAAAACAUAUCCAUCUAGUUUUACAAGUUCACAGUUUUGCUCUGUUUCCUCUGUUUUUUAGAAUUUCCUCUGUUUUGAUCUGUUUUGCUCUGUUUUGAGGUUUCGCUCAUGUAUCCAUGUGUGUUUUGAAGAGUUUUUCUUCACAUUCUAGCUCUUUCUUGAGCCACUACUGUCAUAAUCUUUUUAUUUUGUCAUCAUACUCAGGUCCUAAGAGUUAACUCUCUUCUUCUUGCCUUGAAAUUUUCAAUAUGAGUACACGUUAUUCCACUCAGCUGCAAUCCUCAGCCAUUACAUCCAUCACCGUCUCCUCAUCUUCUUCCUUAGAUACCACAACAAGAAAUGAUGACACUCACAUGGCUGCAGCUUCCAACACUCGACAGAACUUUCCAACGUCCUUCUUGAUAAGACUUGCAAUGAGAGCAUCUAGAGCAAGGUGGUUCAUUUUCCUGAGGAGAGUGUUUCAUUACCAAAACGGUUCAAGAUCAGAUCUUGGCGCCAACCCUUUUGAGUCAACCACUUGGAUGAUAUCAGAGCUCAUCGCUUUACUUGUACAGAUCACUGUGAUCACAUUCACACUAGCUUUGUCCAAGAACGAGCGGCCUAUUUGGCCAGUGAGGCACUGGAUCACCGGGUACAACGUGGGAUGUCUCCUCAGUCUGAUGCUCUUAUACGGUCGGUAUCGUCAGCAAGACACUAGCCAAGGCAAUGGGUUUAGCUUUGGUGAUAUUGAGCAGCAGCAACAGAGAAGCAGAGAAGAGACUAGGUGCUCACAUUUGAUGAACAGAUGCAGGACAUUGCUGGAACUGUUCUUUGCGAUAUGGUUCGUGAUAGGAAACGUAUGGGUGUUUGAUUCCCGGUUCGGUUCUUUCCACUAUGCUCCAAGCCUUCAUGUCCUCUGCAUCUCUCUCCUCGCUUGGAACGCUCUCUGCUACUCCUUCCCGUUUCUUCUCUUCCUCCUGCUAUGCUGUGUUGUGCCUCUCAUCAGCAGCUUCCUCGGCUACAACAUGAACGUCGGAUCCUCCGAGAAAGGAGCCUCGGACGACCAGAUUUCAAGUCUCCCGAGUUGGAAGUACAAACUCAUCGACGAAACAUCUGAUCCUGAUCAUUCUUCUUCUCACGCAAGAAAUGAUCCCGAGUGUUGCAUAUGUUUGGCGAAGUACAAAGAAAAAGAAGAAGUGAGAAAGCUACCGUGUUCGCAUAGGUUUCAUGUAAAAUGCGUAGAUCAAUGGCUUCGUAUAAUCUCGUCUUGUCCUCUCUGCAAACAAGAUCUCCCCAACUAAAACAAGUCACAAGAUUGAUUGGGAAUCUUUGAGUCCAACCAAAGUUCCAUACCUUUGUUGUCCUUUUUCUUACGUGUUACUUGUGUGAGUGUUCAUUUUAUAAGCAUACUCCACUCCCAUACAUGAAUAAAUAAAGAUUCAUCAAGAUAAA